UAUCUGUACUGACUGAGCUAUCAAUCCUAACACUUGACCAUCUUAAAAAAUAUUUUAAAGGAAAAAUCAAAAAUUUUAUUUUUGAAUGGGAGUAAUUGCAGUUAUUCAUCCAGAUCUUGGAAUUGGUGGUGCUGAACGACUGAUAAUUGAUGCUGCGUUAGCUCUUCAGCUGCAAGGACAUGAAGUGAAGAUUUUCACAGCUCACCAUGAUAAAAGCCAUUGCUUUAAAGAAACGAAAGAUGGCACUCUCAGUAUCAUUGCGGCUGGCGAUUGGUUACCAAGACAUAUAUUUUGGAAAUGUUAUGCAUUGUGGGCUUAUAUCAGGAUGAUCUAUGUAUCAUUCUAUUUAGUUUUCAUUUCAUCAUAUGAACCAGAUGUUAUUAUUUGUGAUCAAGUAUCAGCUUGUCUGCCCAUUUUGAAGUUAAGCAAGAAGGCAAAGACUAUAUUUUAUUGUCAUUUCCCUGAUAUGUUAUUGACAAAUAGAAAAUCUAUUCUCAAGAAGAUAUAUCGUAUGCCGUUAGACUGGCUAGAAGAAUUUACUACAGGUCUAGCUGACAUUGUACUAGUAAACAGCAAUUUCACUGCCCAAAUAUUUCACGACACAUUCACAUCUCUAUUCACCCUAAGGCCAGUUGUUUUAUAUCCAAGUUUAAAUUUCAAAACAUUCACAACAAUAGAAGAAUCGAUCAAGCAGAAAAAAAUAUUAACAGAUAUUGUGCCACCUCAAGCGGAAUAUAUAUUUUUAUCAAUCAAUCGAUAUGAAAGAAAGAAAAACCUUGCUUUAGCAAUUAACUCAUUAAGAAAAGUAAAAGAUGAAUGUUCUUCAGAAGUAUGGAAAAAAGUUUAUUUAAUUAUGGCAGGAGGUUAUGACGAGCGUGUUGAAGAGAACAAAACGCAUUACAUAGAACUUGAAAGUCUAGCAUCAAAACUGGCUUUAAAAAAUCAUAUAACAUUUGUACGUUCAUUCAGUGACGAAGAAAAAGUUAGUUUAUUGAAAACAGCCACCUGUCUUCUCUACACACCUAGUAAUGAACAUUUUGGUAUUGUGCCAAUUGAAGCAAUGUUUAUGAAGUGUCCCGUUAUAGCAUGCAAAAGUGGGGGGCCUUUGGAGACUGUGAAGCACGAGGAGACUGGAUUUCUUUGCCAUCCAACAUCUGAUGAUUUUUCUCAAGCAAUGAUGAAAUUUAUUGAGAACGAUUCACUCACUACCACUCUUGGUGCAGCUGGUCACAAAAGGGUUGUGGACAAGUUCUCCUUUGAUGCCUUCUCAACAAAACUGGACAAAACUGUGAGAGCGCUCUGUGAAGAUGAUGCGAUAGAUCGUACGCGAGAGAGAAUCAUCAUCGUCGCUGUUGUCAUGGUUAUAUUUUUAACGAUUUUACUACGCGUUGUGUGGUUUUGAUUCUUUUACCACGUGUUCACUUAACGUUCCAGCACAUAAAAAGAUUACGUACCACGUGACGUUAUACAAUUCGAAUACAAAAUAGGUAGUGAUGGUGACGAACUUAACCAAUCUCGUCCCCAGUGCUUCUUUUUCCGCUGAGUCGUACUACUUCUUUUCUGCUAGCUACAUAUAAGAAAUCGAAAAGAAGCCCUGGGUACCAGUUGGAACUAAACUUUAUUAUUUCUAGUUAUUUUUUUGAUUUUAUAAUUUUUUCUUAUAAACACACAGUACAACAUAAUCUUAUUUUCAGUUGUUAGGAAUCUGUUAGCGUUUCGUCUAAAUGAGCGUUUGAAAAAUAUAGAAUCAACUCAGGAUGCUUUAUCUCUCAUUCGUGGUAUUCAGUUUUCUUAUGUACGCAAUUUAUAUUUAUUUUGUAGAAUAGACUUUAGAUAUUA